AUGGCUCCCUCUCACGCGUUUAAGUGCUGUAAACGGGCUCUGAACUGGAUACCUGUCUUAUUUAUCAACCUGGUUGUCGGCUGGUCUUAUUAUGCAUAUGUGGUGGAGCUCUGCGUGUAUACAAUCCCAGAUAAUGCAGAACGAAUCGGCUAUUUGGUCAUCUUCCACAUUUUCCUCUUCAUGUUCAUAUGGUCUUACUGGAAAACUAUCUGGUCCACACCAGCCAGCCCCUCAAAAGCGUUUGCUCUGCCCAGAGCAGAGAAGGAGCUGUUUGAAAGAGAGGAGCGGGCCGAGGUGCAGCAAGAGGUUCUGAAGAAAGUGGCCAGGAAUUUACCUGCGUAUACACGCACGGCAGGAGGAGCCAUCCGAUACUGUAACCCCUGCCAAGUAAUCAAACCUGACCGCUGCCAUCACUGCUCCACCUGUGAGAUGUGCGUACUGAAAAUGGACCAUCACUGCCCCUGGGUGAAUAACUGUGUCGGAUUUUCGAAUUACAAGUACUUUGUGUUGUUCUUGGCCUACGCAUCACUCUACUGUUUAGUCAUUUGUGCCACAGUUGUACAAUAUUUCAUCAAAUUCUGGACCAAACAACUACCUGAUACGCACGCCAAAUUCCACAUCUUGUUUUUGUUUUUUGUGGCCGCGCUGUUUUUUAUCAGCAUCCUGUCACUUUUUUGCUACCAUCUCUGGCUUGUGGGAAAGAACAGGACCACUAUAGAGGCUUUUAGGGCUCCUAUCUUCAUAAAUAGUCCAGACAAAAAUGGAUUUUCGCUUGGCUUUCGCCGAAAUGUAGCUGAGGUGUUUGGAGACCAAGUGAAGUACUGGUUCUUUCCUGUUUUCUCAAGUCUGGGGGAUGGGCAUUCCUUUGAUACCAGGCUGGUACACAUAGAUCCUGAACAAGCAAACAGUAUCCUUCAGCAAAAUGGCAAAAGCCUUGUUGAUGAGGAGGGCAACACUCGAGUGCUUGGUAACAAUGUACAACACUCAGUGGACGAAAGCAAAGAGAAAACUGAUGGAGGCCAGAUAGUCUCUGUGACAAUGGAGAGUGACCCAUAGCAGCUUGUAGGCACAUGAGUAAAGAGUUCGUCAACUACAAUGCCUUAAAUCUGGAUCAUCAGCACAUCCACAGGAGACGUCCUCCAACCUCAUUCUGAUAGUGCAGCCUCAGGUCGAAUGUUUUAUAUGGACCAUUUGUGCUUUUUUAAAAGUAGUACCACA